UAUUUAACUUAAGAAUAGUGGUUUCAGUUCGGCCCGGUAGAGUCAGGUUUGGGAAUUUUGUCCGUCUCUAAUACAAGCUGUUCCUUAUCAUGGAUGGUGAUUGAAUCAAGAUAAUUUUGGUUUUCAAGUUAAAUGAUCUAGGGUGUGAUGAUAGUGCUCAAGUUUGUUAUGAUACUUCAGCUUAUUAUGAGAAUUAUUGGGGGUUUUGCUUUUGUAGGGAAGGCAGCUGUCAUAACAAUAGGAGGCCUUGUGACUGGUGCUAUUGUGGAUUCAGCAGUUGAAAGUUGGUUGCAAGUUUCUUGGCAUUCACACACCCGCUACAACUGUGAGCGAAUUUGUACUCAUUUCUCAAUUUUUGAUCUCCUUGUACCUGAUAUAGGACGGGGCAAAACCUUAUUACCACUUAAGCCUGGGAUAAUUGUCUUUUCUAGGUUUUAUAGUUGCUUAUUUAGGAUGUGUAUUCCCUUAACCAGUACAAAGAUAAUGUUCAAGAACCUAAAUUAGUGAGAAUAUUUACUUCUGAAAUGUAAUGUUACAUGGCAUUUGCUCUUCAA